GAUCCUCUUGUGGCCCGUUCACCGCGAUCGGCGCCACGAGUGCUGGGUGAUCGAGACACCCGAGGGCGAUCGCUAUGUCGAGCGGAAGGCGGAUUGGCGGUGGCAUGUCUCGUUGUUGCACGGCUGGCCGGAGGGCUUUGCGGGCAACGUGGUGCGUUUCCGGGCCGAGGUGGGCCGAGAAGCGUUGCGCCAGAUGGUGCUGGAAGGUCGCGACCUGGCGCGCGAGGAGCGCCGCCGCCGUCGCCUCCCGCCCGAGCUGGGCGGUCACCUCGGCGAGGACCCGACGACGAUGGUGGACUGGCACGGCGACGAGCGCGGCCUGGAUGCUGGAGUGCUGGAGGCGCCCGGCGAUGAGGAGGUCACCCGCCCCGCCUUGGGUGACGCUGCGCCGCUGGAGGGCGCGGAGAGCGCGUUGCUGGUGGCGGAGCUCCACGCCGGCGGCGGGCUGGCGCUGGGCGACGAGCUGGCCGCGAGCGGGACCGACGUCUCCGCGGGCACGACGGUGAUCGGGCGCCGCGCGGACGGGCGGCCGGCGCUGCGCGAGCGGGCGCCGCUCUCGGACAUUGCUGCCUGGCGGGCGCAGGGAUUCGAUAACGCUCGGAGCCUGGCCCCGCCUCCGCCGCCCCCCGAUGGGGCCGCGCCCGCUGAGGAGGGUCGGCCACGGGACCUGCGAGAUGCCCUGCGCGCCCCAGUCGAAGAGGUCGGCGGGGCGAGCACACCACGCGAGGCCCGAGCCGAGCAGCAGCCCGAGGAUGUCAGGACGUUGGCGGCGGAGUGGAACGAGCAGGGCGUCCGCUUCAAGGAGUGGCGACACGCCGUCGGCGAGAGCAGCGAGGAGGCCGUGGACGGUUGCGACCUGCGAGGAGCGGGAACAGCCCUGCAUUUGAGCCAGAGGUUCACGCAGCACGGCGGCGACCUCAAGACGUGGAUGUCGAACUUCUGCCGUGAGUACGGCAUCGACCAGCGGGGCCGAACCUGGCAUGAGCUGAACUUCUUAGUGACGAUCUUCUGGCUUGCCGGCACGUUCGAUGCAGUGAACCUCGAGGGCUCAGCCUGCUUGGAGGCGGCGGCGCGGCGGAUCGCCCAGAUCACCGAGGCCCAUCGCGUUGCCCCCGGGCAGCCCGCAGCCUGGGAGGCAGGUCGUUUCCUGACAGGCACCAGCGACCCAUUCGACGCGGCGUCGCCCGAACUGCGGAGCUUCGCGAACCGCGCGGCUCGGGGCGAGGCCGAGCGGCUGGCUGCGCCGGGCCGGGGGCGGACGCUGGCGGCCGGCGGUCGCGAAGCCAGCCGCAGCGAUGACGUGGCUGGAGCACUGGAUGCGGGAGGCCCUCCCCGCGUCGGCGCCGAGGGCGACGGAGGCAGAGGCGGCGGCGGCCGCGGCCGCGGUCACGGGCGGAAGAUCAAGCCCGGCGACGCGGGAGCCACGCGCGGUGGGCAGAUCUACCUUCUGCCGCCCCUGCGCGAGCUGAACGCCGACGUCGCCGGCUUGCUCGGUCGCCAGGAUCGGGCGCGCGUGCGACGGCUGGCCAAUGAGAGUCUGGCUGCCCUGAAUUGGAUGCACGGCGCUGAGAGACGGCCGCCUGGCGCGCCGCCCAGCUGGGCCACGCGUUGCCGCGUGGCAGAGCUACAGCACGAGACGCAGCGGGUGGCGCAACUCUUGGCGGCCAGCUGGGGCGCCCCUGCCAGCGCGGAGGAUUCGCAGCAAUGUCUGGCACGACUUGCGGGGCCGAGGCGGCUACGCCCAGCUGGCCCACGCGACGUGACCCCCUUCUCCCACGCCCGGCUGUCGGCCCCGGAAGACCCGGCGGGAUCGCCACGCGUCGCGGACCUGCUGCCGGAGGCGGCGCGGACUCAGUUGAAGGAGCAUGAGAGCCACAUGAUGCGUUCGCUUGCAGAGGUGGGCGAAAUAAAACGCACGUUGCGGUCCAGUUCGACCCUAUAUGGCCUUGUUUUGAGCCACGAGCGCCCCGCCCACGUCGGCCUGGUGAAGCGGCUGCUGAAGAUAGGCCUGGUGCGCUUGUCGACCACGAGUCCGCCCGGGGUCGACUUGGUCAGCGGCGACGGCCUCCGCCGCAUCGAGAGGUCGACGACGAGCGGCCUUGGCCGGGGCGAGGAGCUGGACGACGCCCCGGGUGGCCUCGACACCUGGCUCGGCGCGGGCGACGUGAAGGACUGCUUCCACUGGCUGCUCCUGGACGACGGGCCAGGUCUCCGGGAGUUCUGCGGCCACCCGCCGCUGCGCGCCGCCGAGCGCGGCCUCAGGCAGCUGGGCGGGGUGGCGCUGGAGCGGGGCACUCUGCUCUACCCGCUUGCCCGCGCGCUGCCGACGAGCUGGGCCUGGUCGCUGCACUUCGCCCAGGCGGCCAACGCGCAUCGCAUGACGCUGCUGCGCGAGCUGGACGGGGCCCUGCCCAUGUCAGACCGCGGCCCCCCGCUGCUGCUGGACAGCCCGCUGGCCCUCGGCCAUUACACCUACGAGGACAACAUAAGGGUGCUGGGGGGCUCGGACCAGGUGAGGUCGGCGCUGGAGGCGGCCACGGAGUCGUUCGGUCAGGUGUGGCCCGAGGUGCACGGGACCGCGCUGGUGAAUGGCGGCGGGGAGGCGCUCGGGGCGCAGCUCAACGGCCGCGAGGGGUGCACGCGAUCCACGCCCUCCAGGUUCUGGCACCUUCGCGGCGCGGUGCAGGCGCUGCUGCGGCGUUGCAAGGUGAGCGGCGUCGAGCUGGAGAUCGUCGCGGGACACCUCACGUUCCUGGGCCUGGUGCGCCGCGAGAGCUUGAGUUGCUUCCACUGCACAUACCGCUUCACCCAGCGCCGCUACUUCGACAGGGCCGAGCUGUGGCGGAGCGUGGCCGAGGAGCUGCGGGCCUUCACGGGCCUGAUGAUCUUCCUCCACGCGGACUGGGACGCCAGGUGGCUCCCUGGGGUCCACCAGUCGGACGCGCCCCUCGCCUGCUUUGGCCUGGCAUAUUCGCUGUGGGAUCCUCGCGACGUCGGCCGGGCCGCGUCUGCGGGCGGCCCCGCCAUCGCCUGGGGGCGGGAGCUGCGCGGCGGCACGCUGCGGAGGAUCCUCGAGGGGGAGGUGGACCGCCGGUGCCAGGACCCCGCUUUUGAGGAGGUGCCGGCGGAGCUGCUGCACGCUGGGCGCUGGCGGACAGUUCUGGCCGAUCGGUGGGCCUUCGAGGAGGGGAUCCUCCAUCUCGAGGGCCUCGCGCUGGUCAAGGCCGCGGUGCGCGUGGCUAGCUCUCGCGCAGGCCACGACGGCCGAGCCCUCCUGCUGUGCGACAACAUGGCGGUGGUCCUUGCCCUCUCACGGUCGCGGGCUCGGGACUUCAAGCUACCGACAAUGAUUCAGCGCGCGGCAGCUUGCUCGUUCGGGCGAGGGACCAGGUUCAGUUAUACGUGGAUCCCCUCGGAGUUCAACAGCAGCGACGAGCGGGGCAAAAGUUUUUCAAAAGAGUACGAGAGGGAUAAGUGCGUCACCCACCUACUGCCUUGUGGUGGAUGGGAGAGAGACAGAUCGGAGCAGGCCCCAGAUGGCCCUGACGUCGAGCGUGCACCCGCGACCUCAGCGAUCCACUUUCCGGAGCCAUCCUGGCUCGAGAAGGGCGGCGCCAGCGUGGGGACCGCGGCCGCAUGCCUGGCUGCCAGCGAGGCGAGGCUGGCCGAGCGGCAUGCCCCCGCGGGGCCAGGCCAGCCGAGCGCGGGCGCUGACCCGUCCGCUGGGAUCGGCGCCGCCCGCGGCCAGGUCGGGGCAGUCUGCAGCAACCUGCACCAGCGGGUCAGCGCCGGGCCCAUGCCGUCGCCGACGGAGCUGGAGCACGCCCCAGAGACGCGCUGGGGCCGGGCCGCGGCGGACCUCCUGGGCAGUUCCAGAGCCGCGGGCGAAGCCGCCGCUGCCGCCGAGGACGCCAGCGAGAGCAGCUGCGAGGAGGAGCUGCCGGGGCGAGCCUCGGCGCGCGCCGACGACCGGACAUACCUGGAGGCGCACAGCGUCAAGGCCGCCACCCGCGCCCGCUACCAGAUGCACGUGGACGAGCUGAUCGCCUUCGCGGACAAGCGCAACGCCCCUCUCGUCGAGGAUGCCGGGGUAGACGACUGCAUCGCGAAGUGGAUGAACGCCGAGUUCAGCGAGGGCCGCCGCGCUUGGCGCGGGGAGAGCAUGCUGGCGGCAGUGAUGUUCACCUUCCCUGGCUUCAGUCGCAACGGCAGUCGGAAGCUCCCACGAGCGUUCCGAUGCCUUCGACGCUGGCGCAUCCUGGGCCCGCCGAUGAGCCGCACUCCCUUGCCCUGGCCCACGUGGGCGGCGCUGGCGCUGCAGCUGGUGCGCCACGGCCACGGUCUGGCGGCGAUCGCGGUGCUCGCGAUGGUGGAAGCGUACCUGCGACCGUCGGAGCUGCUGUCGCUGACGAGACGUUCGCUGCUCCCACCAGACGCUUGGCUCAACUACAUGUUCCAUCGCCUCAGUCGGGGCCCCAGGGACGAGCGGGUCUCCCCUUGGGACUACAGCCAGUUCUACCAGAUGUUCGUGCAGGCCGCGGUGGCCCUCGGAUUCAAGAUGGUGCCAUACCAGGGCCGCCACAGCGGGAUCUCGAUCGAUUGGGCUCAGCGGGUCAGGAGCCUGGACGAGCGCUUGAAGAGGGGGCGGUGGAAGGCCACCAAGAGCGUCGCCAGGCACGGGAAGGCGGGCCGCCCGAACGAUGCCUGGCGGGAGCUGACCGCCAGCCAGAAGGAGCACGCCCUCGACUGCGAGCGCCAGCUCGAGGAGUGCCUCGCGCGGCGGGCGGCGUCGGCGGCGCGACGGGCAAGCUACGCGCCCCGCGAGUGGGGUGCGAAGGCGGGCCCCGUCGGCGACCUCUGCCGGCCGUGCGCGGAGGCAGACCUGCGGAGGGCAGUGCGGCAGAGCCAG